CUAGGCCUCUUGUUUAUAUCAAUCACUGCAAGUUUUUGGUCAUACUGGUUUCGAAAGAAAAGAAAACUAAUUCAGAUGAAAGCCAAAUUCUUUCGACAAAAUGGAGGCUGCUUGUUGCAACAACAAAUCACUUCCCUGGGCAUUGAUGCAACAACUAAGAUCUUCACUGCAGAAGAGCUAGAGAAGGCAACUAACCACUUCAAUGAGAGCCAGAUCAUUGGUCGGGGUGGAUAUGGUACUGUCUACAAGGGUGUUCUUCCAGGUCAGAAAGCCGUUGCCAUUAAGAAGUCUAAACUAGUUGAUGGGAGCCAGAUUGAGCAGUUCAUCAAUGAGGUUGUCAUUCUUUCUGAAAUCAGUCACAGAAAUGUCGUGAAACUCUUGGGUUGUUGCUUAGAGGCCCCAGUUCCACUGCUGGUUUAUGAGUUUAUUCCCAAUGGAACCCUCUUCAAUCAUAUCCAUGGAAAGGGUCUUGCUUUUUCAUUGCGAUGGGAGGAUCGCCUACGUAUAGCUGCAGAAACUGCAGGGGCUCUUGCAUAUUUACACUCUGCAGCUUCUGUACCAAUCAUUCAUAGAGAUGUAAAGUCUGCAAACAUACUUUUAGAUGAGAAUUAUAUAGCGAAAGUAUCGGACUUCGGCGCUUCAAGGUCACUACCAUUUGAUCAAACUCAUAUAACCACUCUAGUGCAAGGGACAUUUGGAUACCUAGAUCCAGAGUACUUCCGCACAAGCCAGCUAACAGAAAAGAGCGACGUCUACAGCUUUGGAGUAGUUCUUGCAGAGCUAUUAACUAGAGAGAUUCCGAUAUCUCUUGCAAGGUCAGAAGACCACAGGAGUUUGGCUGCUUAUUUUGUGUCAACAUUUGACAAGCAAUGCCUUCUUCAGGUGAUGGAGCCUCAGAUUGUGGAAGAAGCUGGAAUAGACCAGAUUUUGGUGGUUGCGCAACUGGCGAGAAGGUGCUUGAAUUUGAAAGGAGAAGAUAGGCCAAUGAUGAAAGAAGUGGCCAUGGAGCUCGAAGGACUGAGGAGAUUCAGAAUGCAGCAGCUGGUUCAGCGAAAUCUGAAGGAAAUGGAAUGCUUGCUAGCCAGGGGUGGACCUUCAAUAGAAUAUAGUACAGAUGAAAUGAUAAGAUUAAAUAGUUUGGAAAAUCAUAUGUUAGCAUCCAUGGAUCUGCCAAG